UCUUAUUCUCUCUCUCUCUCUCUCUCUCUCUCUCUCUCUCUCUCUCUCUCAUUUUUGUGUAGCUUAAAGGAAAAUAAUAAGAGUGAUGGGUUCAGCAACAUUCAUUGAGGUGUUGUUAGCCAUAUUAUUACCACCCGUGGGUGUUUUCCUACGCUUUGGAUGUGGUAUGGAGUUUUGGAUCGAUCUGCUGUUGACGAUAUUGGGCUAUAUUCCGGGAAUUAUUUAUGCACUUUAUGUCUUGGUAGGAUAAAUUAAUUAGUGCAUGUACUAAUUAAUUAGUAUUUUGUGUGAUGUUUUACAUUGUAAUAAAAUAAAGUAACAUGUGUGGAGUGUCGAGUUCUUCUCGUGAAUUUCUUAGUACGAGAGCAAGUUAUGGAUGUAUUGUUGCCAUUUGUAUUCUAUAUUUUGUGAAUGGAAGAUGAGGAAAUUAAUGUUUCCA